AGCGAAGACGAGUCUGAAUUAGAUUGCCUAUUAGUGUUAGAUAAAAUAAAUGAUUAUUCCACUGAUCUAUCGAGUGAAGUGAGGAAGUUGAUAGGUGAAGCUAAGGCGGUGGCCACCAGUCUCAUCCCCACAGGUGCGGAGGCCAUUGACCUGUCAUACAUAACCAAGACAGUACCCGCAACAGGCGCCAUGACAAAUAGCGGUGCGGCGUCUACCUCCAGUACACCCUCAUUCUCGCGUCUACCGGAGAUCCCGUUACCGUCUUUCGACGGAGACUUUCGUUAUUGGCCUACAUUUCGAGAUAGGUUUUCGGCACUGGUGGACUCGCGUUCUGAUGUAUCAAAUAUCGAUAAGAUGCAUUACUUAAUCAGUUGUUUAAAAGGUGYAGCGGCCGACGCUGUUCGCGGUAUACCAGUAUCUGCGGAUAAUUAUAGUUUAGUCUGGUCCACACUGUCUGCUCGUUUUUAUCGACCACGCCUAGUGGCUACGUCUCUGGUCGAUAAGUUGUUGCAAACGUCAUAUAUGACUCAGGAAUCUCACCGAGAACUUAAUGAAUUUGUUAACUCGUUUACAGGAAAUAUGUCGUUACUAAACGCACUGAAGAUACCGGAUUUAGGGUCGUUUAUAUUAUUUUCUAUUGCGUUUCGCGCGUUGCCGGUGCCCACUCGGAAGUUGUUCGAAUCAACCACUACGUCAGAGUAUCCGUCCGUAGCCCAACUGUUAGAGUUCGUCCAGACUCGCGUAUCGGUUUUAGAACUCGCAGGUGAGCCGCGUAAAAAGUUAGGUGCCACUACGUCSACAAAUGUCGGUCAACCGGCACAUCAGUCGCGUAAGGUGGGAGAACGAUUUGUAAAGGCGGAGGGCUUCCGACCUGUUCCCACUUCAUUAGUUACGUCGGAUUCGAACAAAGGUUGUCCAUGUUGUGCGGAGCAUCAUAGUUUGACAGCUUGCGCGCGGUUCAAGUCCUGGUCUGCCGACGCGCGGGCGCGGUGGACGCAAGAUAAGCGCCUGUGUUAUAUUUGUUUUAGUAGUAGCCAUUGGGCACCAAAGUGCAAGUCGAAAAAUCGUUGCCGUGAGUGUUCGCGUAGGCACCACGUCCUGCUUCACCCUCCCGCUACAGGUGCCGUUGAAGUCGCUGAUACCCCCUCUCAUACACCUUCUCCGGAUACAUCCGUGUGUGCCGCCGCGUUACAGCCGCCGCAAUGUGAAUCGUCCGCCGUAUUAUUAGGCACAGCGUUAGUGCAUGUACGUGAUCGUUCGGGUACCUGGCAAACAAUGCGUGCGUUGGUUGAUAGUGCAUCACAGAUAAGCGCAGUGACAGGUGAUUGUGUUAGCCGUUUAGGUUUAAAAU